GUUAGCUGAAUUGAACGGAGCACUUUGUAACAGUGAUGAACAUUAUCCAAAAGAAUUAAAACAUUAUAUAGAACUAGCAGGCAUGUGUUUCAAAUCAUUGCUAGACCUUGAAGAAAUAAAGGACGAUGAUCACUUAAGGUAUCUGAAGUAUAAACGGGAUGCCAAAAUUAUAUUAGCCAAUAACAGUUUUGAAGUUCUUGUAUGGCCUGGUGGUUGGCAUUUUAGUAAUUUAUAUACGAGUGCAACAACAUCAGAACAAUCAAUUGUUUUUAAUGAACUACAUUCUCUGAGAAAUUCAGAUUGUCCAUACAUUAAUAAGAUAGAAUUAAACAUUCUACUUUAUCGGUUAUAUAUUGUUAUGAAUACGCCAAAUCGUGUAUAUUAUAAUCAAAUGUACUCAUUUAUAAAAAGUGCUAUUGACAAUGUAGUCGUUACUGCAGAGGAUCGAGCGAGAAAUUUGGAAGCUCAUGAACUAUUUAGUAUGUUUUUGAUGAUGCGUAAUAGCAAUGCAAUUGAAAAGGGGUGUAAUUUCAAGAACUCUCAAGACAUAUACAAUACGUUUUUGAAGCUCCCCUCCAAGUAACUAGGUUUUGACAAAUAUCAGUCCUCAAAGUGGAUGAAGAAAAUACGUAUUCAAAAAAAUU